AUCAAUGACAGUUAGACCCUGGCCUCUUGAUUGACGAGUAUCCGUGGCACGGGCUACGAUAAAGAAUGGAGGAUAGCUGCCGCGGUGUCGGAUUGCUUGGGAUGUCUCAACAAACUUUCUGCUGGUAAAAGUCAGCUAGCUGGAGUUAGCUCUAACUUUAUUCACGUUUUUGUCGUUUACCAGAAAGAGACAUUUGGAGGCUCAAGCUCAAUUGGCUAUUUGUGAUACUUUGUCUCUUAAUACGAGGUGUGAAUAUGAUAUGCGUCAUACCCACCAACCACCAGUUUAUCGUGAAUCCGAAGAAUGUCGGUCUCAACGUAACGGCGAGGACAUUGAACCCGGUCUUGAAGAGAGUGAAUCUUUCUACACACUCACCUACACUGUUCUGUUUUUGGGCCAUGCGAUUGGAUCAAUAGUAGCAGGACUCCUGUUCAAUUACAUCCCAACCUGGUACCUAUUCCUUUGCAGUACUCUUUCAUUCAUAUUUGGGUACCUGCUGUACGCACUGGCCUCCAAUGGCUGGAUGAUGAUACUAGCUCGAGGACUUGCUGGAAUACAACUAGGGACCAGCACAGCUUUGUCCUUUGCCUAUUUUGGUGUUAGCUUUGAGAAAUAUACUGAGAAUAUAAAAUUACUUGAGAAGUAUGAAUCGAAAAAGGUGGCUAGAGUUAAGAAGUAUCUCUUUAGCACUUAUUCCAUUGGAACUUUCUUUGGAAGAGUUGUUGGAAUAGGUUUUCCACUGAUCUUGGCCCAAUUUCCCAACACUCCGCAGUUCAGGACAGCUGGCUGGUUCUGCAUGGCUAGUGGAGUUGCUCUAUUACUAAUGCAGCUUCUCUUGUUUCAUGGAGAGUGUGCAUGGAAGUGUCCGAAAAUAAAUUUCAUGGGAUAUCAGAAGAAGCUGUCAUCAUUUGGGACACUUAAUUGUGGGGAAGUAUUUGUCAAGAUAGUUGUGCCAGUGUAUGUGAUAAUUGUUGGAGGGCUAAAGGGAUUGCGCUAUGUUGUCAAUGAAGUUCUGAUUAAUCCGAUUGCUACUGACUCAUUUGGAUUUUCGGAUGAGGAUAUGGGCAUACUUCUUCAUCAUCAAUGUUGUGGGUGCAUUUGUUGCUUUAAUCCUGCUGUAUACUUUUCAGUAUUUUAAGAUUAGCAGCUACCUCUUGACUGUGUUGGGAAUGGUGUGCACAAUUAUUGCACUGCUGAUAAUAACAGACUGGCAGGCCAUUGGCAGAGAUCCAUGUACAGAGUAUAGUCUGUUCCACCAUCCAGAACUUGCCGACCAGUACAGACUAGAGCUAGUGGACUCUAAUAUCUCAGAGUCGGGGAUGGUGAGUGUCCAGAGCCUGCAAGUGGUUGAGAGAGACGUGUAUGAAUUAGCAGUAAACAAGUGUGAGUCUGCAGGAAAGUACUGUCACUGGAUACCCAACUCUCGAGUGACUCACACACAUUGCAGUGACUGCCAGCCCAUCUGCAGGAGCACCAAACAUACCCUUAACUUCAUUCAGUUUGUGAUUGGCCUGUUAUUAUUCUUUUCAACCCUUCCUCUAGCAUUCACCGGGGUGUACCUGCUUCUUUCAGAGUCGGUCAGCAAAUCCUACCAGGGAAUAAGCACAGGAAUGAUGACUGCUCUAAUGGGUGCAUCAAGGAGUGGAUUUUCCUCAAAUACUGGAUUAUGUAUACGAGCAUGAGCAGAAAAGGAACUACUUGUCUAUGCUGAUUCAAGUUGGGAUAUUUGUACCACUGCUCUGUGGACUGUUACUCCUCUAUCCCUGGCUCGCUGGCAGGUACAAGGCCGUAUAUUCUGAGCCGACAAUGAAAAUUGAGGAGAGUGAAAAAGUGAAACUUCUAAACUCUAAGUAGAAACUGACUACAUUUCAGUUGUAAUUGAUUGUUCUGUAAAAAUCUGGCGAAUUUAAAAAUAGGGUUAUGUCACAUAGUUAAGCACCCAUUCUACAUUUAUUCAACUCAACGUUGAACAUUUUAUUAUUUCAUAUUCCUCAUAACACCAU